AUGAGCGCAGAAUACUGUAUGAUUCAUAUAUCUCAAAAGCUCUCUUUUAACAACUCUCCAGCCCCCGAAGAAAGCAUCUUGGACCACGAGACUUUACGAAAGGAAGACUAUGAAACUAUGGAGGAACUUGGGUCUGGUGGGUCUUCUUCGGUUCUCAGGGCCAAAUCAAAAGUAGAUGGAAGUUUACAUGCAAUCAAGGUCAUCCCACGUGUCGAUAAUGGAUGGUACUGGCAAGAUGAUAUGAUCACCAAUGAAAUAAACAUACUCCAAGGUCUCAACCACCCUUCAAUUAUGGGAUUUUCUGGAUUUUACUGCGUGGAUUACAACUGUCACCUUGUUUGUGAAUAUGCCGCUGGCGGCGACCUCAAGAAUAAAACCCACAUCUCUGACCGGCCCUCAAGGGUUAGAAUACGAAAUUUGCCUUAA